CAACCUUAUUAAACUCGUUACUCUUUCACUUUCUCUCUCUCACACACUGGCGUCUUCAAGUUUCACAGCGAAGUCGUAAUAGAAAAUGGACAACAUGCACAGCUUCUGGCAGUUAGGUGAUGAGCUUCGUGGCCACUCAAAAGCAUCUGAGGAUCACAAAUGGUUAAUGGUUGCUUCCAAGUUGGCUGAGCAGAGAUCAAAGGCUGAGCGUUUUAACAACCUUGAUCUUUCAAAGGGUCCCAUUGAGACAAGGCCAAGGGAUAAAUUUGGGUUCCAGGAAGAGAACAAAUUUGACACUCUUAACUUGAGCAUGUUAAACCUGGACACUAAAUUUACUGAAAAUAUGAGCAAAAGCUCGCUUCGGAAUGGUGUUUAUAAUAUGAAUGCAGUGUACCAGAAAAGCAAUGCAAACUUGGUAGGUAACAUGAAUGGUAGCAAGUAUAGCGGUAAUGUUCAGCUCAACAAAGACCCCCACAACAACAAUAACAACAACAAUGAAAACAACACAAGUGCUACCGACAAAAGGUUUAAGACCUUGCCUGCAGCAGAGACACUCCCACGCAAUGAGGUGCUUGGAGGAUAUAUCUUUGUCUGUAACAAUGACACAAUGCAGGAAGACUUAAAACGCCAGCUAUUUGGUUUGCCACCAAGGUAUCGAGAUUCUGUCAGGGCAAUAACACCAGGAUUACCAUUAUUUCUUUAUAACUAUACUACCCAUCAGCUUCAUGGCAUUUUUGAGGCAGCAAGUUUUGGGGGCUCAAACAUAGAUCCAACUGCAUGGGAGGAUAAAAAAUGCAAAGGCGAGUCAAGGUUUCCAGCUCAGGUAAGAAUCCGUGUCAGGAAAGUUUGCAAGGCACUGGAAGAAGAUUCAUUCAGGCCAGUAUUGCACCACUAUGAUGGUCCAAAGUUUCGCCUUGAGCUGUCAGUUCCAGAGACCUUGGAUCUAAUGGACCUAUGUGAACAAGCUGGUUCCGCAGCCUAAGCAAACAUCGGAAUAUGCGAAAUAAUAGAUAGGUUUCAGUGUGCCUGCUGUGUGCUUUUGGCAGAUUUUCCAUGAAGCGUAAGCUUGGAAAGUAGUUUGUUUGGCAGAUCAUCUUUGGAUAACAUGUUUGAGAGUUUGAGCCAUGCUGAAUAAAUGUUGUGGUGUUCGCCGAAGAUGCUUUGUAGCUGUUGCAUUACAUUUAAUACCAUCUUAUAUGAUUGAUUGCUGUGGUAUCAUAGAGAUGAUUGUUUGUACUGUUAAAGUAAAGUAUUUCUGUUAAACCUGAAGAGAAAAAAAUAUAUGUAAAAUCCCUGUAUUCCUGUACUCUUAUAAUUGAUCGUUCUAAGCGAUAUUUUGUUUCAUAUAUCCUAUCAAGAUGAUUGAGGAA